AUGGCUGCAGUGCCACAGCAGCAAGAGGACAUUGAUCGAACAGAGGAAAUCAACAAUGUAUUCGGCGGCAAUGCACGUAACAUACGCGGCUUGAAUCGUACAUGCGACAUUCGCUCUAUAUUACGCCCUGAGUACCAGUAUUUACGGGGUACCUUUAUUACCAUUGCUGAGCAGCACAACAUUCUUUCUCGAGAUGCCUAUAAUCUCAUGAACAUGCAUGUCAGGAGGUUUAUGCGUGCCAUCGGUGAUUAUGACGAAGAAGACAAUUGGGCACCAAACUUUGCCACGAUCAAUAUGCCAGGCAAUGGGAUCCAGCCUGGACCCGGUGGUCAACAAGUAAUGGCUGGACAAGGUCUCUUAAUCCCACCUGUUACCAACCAAGUCUUGUGGACAUGGGCAUACAAGCUCGUGUCCAACAAUCCUACGCUGGAGAAUGUGGAUAUCACAAGCCAAGACCCUGCUGCCCGAGACUUGUUGAAUACAUACACAAAUCACUUUCAACCCAUGCAACGAAAUGCACAAGGCAAUGCACUCUACGAGCCACCUGCAAUGUAUCCGAGACUCCUCUCGACAUUAAGCGAGCGCUUUGCAAGAGAAGCGGUGAGAAACGUCAAGAACAUGCUCUGGAGAAACAUCCCUGUGUACGUUAGUCGACUGUGUGAUGGAUACAUCAAGCAUAUGGUUCAAUCAGAAACAAAUUUUGAUGUCUACAACAAUCUCAAGGGUUUGGCCCCUAUCAUGAGUACUGGUAUCAUAAACCACCAAGCAAAUACACCACCACAAUUGGCACCAGCGGAUGAACAUUAUUUUACCCAAUUUGUUGACGUCUAUCAAGAGAUACAUCAAGCUUGUGAACGGCUUCUCGCUGAUGUACCCCUGGUGGAGAUGCAAAGUACACCAAGUCGAGGCCUUGGCCCGGUACUGGCCAUGCGACUGAUGAGAUUUAGCAUGUGGCUAUUGUUGCAAGCCGAUGGACUCGAUACCAGGAGGUGGUCUAUAUUGCCAUUGGGAAAAACCCAAGUUGGGUUUUUCGGUAUCGAUUUGCGUAUGCUUUGGGCAAUCCUUCAUUAUGCACGUGACCAGGAUCAAGAUGCUUUGGUACCAGCCAUAUGUCUAAAUCAGCACGGCAAUGUCUUAGCAAAACUUCCAUUUGAUGCAACACUUCAACCACCCCGGCAGAAAGAACUUUUAUGGGAAGCGUUAUUUAAUAUCGAUUACGUCCAACGCCGUAGAUGGCGUUACUCUGGCGAAUUACCUGGAACUGCAAUACGAUUUGCUCAUUACAUGCGUACCGAUGGCUUUACAGCCAAUGUCAUGUUUGAAAGACCUCAACCAAGAAACCUGCCACCCUUUUUCCCUGAAAUUGCCAAGACGGCUCGUCGCGAGGUGGCGAAUAAUGCUGAUUUGGCUAAUAUCCACACGGGGAUAUACAUGCUCAAUAAGGCCCCUCAAGGAUUGAAUCAAGAUCGCCUUCAAAACAGCCGACUCGUGGGGAUAGAUCCUGGAAAGCGCGAGUUUAUCACUGGGAUUCAUCAUGAAGAAACCUUAGAAGUACAACCAGGGGAGAAUCCACCAAGAUUGAGUGCUGUCGAAAUUCGAUCAAGGCAUUAUCAACAUGCAACGAUGGUGCAUUGGGUUUACAAGCACACGUUAGCCAAUCGACAAAAAGCCAAUAUGCAAGAGGUCUACGACCAGCUGGCGCAAGAAAGCCCCAAUGUACCAAGAUUGAAUCAAUUCAAGGCACAUGUUGCCUGUGUGAGCCGCAACAGCAAUAGAUUGCGAGACUUUUCCUCCCACUUCAAGCAUAGGAUCACUCGAGGGAUUCUUUUUUCUGCACGUCAAUCAUACCAACAAGUAAUGAUCAAUGAGAUUUUGGGAAUUUCUCCUCCUGAUUCACCAAGAGAGCAAGUCAUGUUCAUCAAUAGAACAUCUAAAGCAAAAAGGAGAGGGAUGCGGAGGUUCAGAAGACGAGACAUCGGGUGGCAACGGCCUGAGCAAGAAACGAUUGUUGCGUAUGGAGAUGCCAGUCUUGGGCAUAUGCGUGGUUAUGCGCCACUUCCCCAUUGGGAGUUUAUCAAAAGACUUUGCAGACAGGCAUUGGUCAUUUUCAUCGAUGAAUUCCGUACCAGCAUCACCUGUCGGCAUGAUGGCGCAGAAUUGCGUCUUUGUUAUGACAAUCGACGGCUACAUUGCAAUCACAAGAAGACGAGGAAUCGGGUACAGACUGCCCAAGGUACCAGAGGUCGGAAAGUGUUGCAUUGCAAGGACGACGAUGGCGCUGUGAUUGGCCGGUCGAAUCUAUGCCAGCAGCGUUUUGCAGUCGGCAACAACACUUGGCGCAAUCUGAUUUAUGCGGUGAAGCGUUGUAAUGAGCACGGGUUCCUUGGCAGAGAUGUCAACGCUGCGGCUCAAAUGCGGUCCGUAUUACGACUGUAUAUGGAGACCAAUGGUGAUCUGCAAUCUCGUCCUCCCCAUCUUAGAAGAUAG